UAGCAAAACGGAAAAACUAAAAACCCCAUAUCUCCUCCACCUCUUUCACCUGAUCUCUUCCAAACUAAAAACCCCAGAUCUCCUCCACCUCUUUCACCUGAUCUCUUUCAUGUUUUAAUCAACUGUAGAUUGGGAAGGCUAAAAGUUUAUGUAGAGUAGGGAAGCACUCAAAUACAGGAGAUGGAGCUUGCUGAUGCAAUGCCGUGGAAACAAUUAGUCAAGGAAAAUUUAAUCAUGUUAUCUACUUGGGAUGAUAGUUUUACAAGGAAUUGGUAUAUCUUAUCUAAGGUAGAUAACGAUAGUUUAGUUUUAGAAAGCGUUCAACCAUGCAAUCAAAAGCUACAGGGUAUAUCAACAACUUUUAAUUCCCCUGAAAUACUACACUGUCAUGGCGGAAGAAAAGAAGACGGUGUAGUAAGUAAUCAAAUCUUUUCUUAUAACCUGAGAACAAAAAAGUGGACCGAGUCAGCUAACCUCCAAACACCAAGAUACAAUCAUGUUUCAUUCUCUACAACAACUUCGGAUUGUUUUAUUGUGGGAGGCAGUAGUUCAAGUCUGGUAGAGCAUUUUACGUUGACUGGUAAAUCAUUUCUUAGCCAUUUUCCAAAAGAUAAGUAUGAUGGUUUGACUGCUCUAAGGGUAUCUUCGUUUGCGUAUACCAAGUCCAGGAAAUCUUUAGCUGAAAUUUAUAUAUGGUGUGAGGAUGGUACACAUGUUACCUACGGAGUAGCAAAACAGAUAUGGAGUAAAACUUCUAAAUAUUCAGAGAUAUUCGCUAGAUCUCCAGAAAACAUUGAGUCUCCUAUAAUUUCAGGCCAAAUGAUUUCAGUGCUGAACAAUCAUUUUUGGUUCUUCCAUCUUUCUAAGAAUAAGUGGUUAGAAGGAAUUGAGCUUCCAGUUCCUCUAAAAGCCAAGGAGAAAAUACAUCUCUUGGUUUUUGGGAAAGACCGUCUCUUAGUGUUGUAUGUUUGCACCAAGGGGAAACUAAAUUGUUAUAUGUAUCAAGUCGGGGAUGUUGUAUUAACAUUAAUUACUGGUGGAAUAUUUACAUUAUCAAACAAAAAAGGUGGCGAACAAUACGACGUUUUGGAGAAAUCGCACUUAUCAACUGCAUCGUCUUUAUUUGUAACAAAGACGCAACAGCAAUUAGAUGAAAAAGCACAAACCAAGAUACUGAAUCUCCAGUUCCUCCCUACAGAUGUUAAAAACCAGUUUCGCAUGCAUAUAGAAGACGGAGAUGUGAAAUCAGUUCGAAGCUGUGGUCUUCUGAUUGGAAACAAAGUACGGCACAGUAUUAGACCAUCUAGAGUUCUUCAGAACUACAUGCCAAGCAAUGGGGAAAUGCCGUGCAUGCAUGAAGGUUGGGGGAUACCUGCAAAGACUGUCCUUGAAGCUGAUGACUUGUGGAAACAAGGCCCUUGGAGUACAUAUUGCAUGGCUGAGAAGUUUGUUACAAUGACAUACAAGAUACUACAGACACUUGUUGGAUUCAAGAAACAAGGUCGUUGGAUAAGGGGUAUAAACGGAGAAAAUGUGGUUUUCCAGAAAAAUGAUAUUCAUCACAGGUAUCCACAGUUGAAGGAUUGUCUGAUUCUAACAGAUGACGAGUCUGAAGAUACACGCUUCAAAUCUCUUGCUACAUUCAUUCAAUCUUCGAUAAAGUUUGACGAAAAAUUGUUGGAUCCAACUGUCAAAAGUCUACUCAAUUGUCUUAAUGAAAAGACUCCUUAUAGCAUCACUAUGCUCCAGCAAAAGAAGUGGAAGUACCUGCUUGGCCAUCUCCUUUUCAUGACUUCUGAUGAAAAGGCUACCUUAUUGAUCAGCAUGAGGGAUAGAGUGCGUGGGCAAAAAGCUAUUGAACUUAAAGUAGAAAUGAAGGAGCUCAUGCCUUCAAGUGCCUCUUGUAAGAGUUGGGAUAUAUUAAUAAAUCAGGAUCGCCUUCCACUUUUUUUCCAUGCCCGAGUCAAAAAGAUGAAAGCAAAUGCACUGAUGGAUCGGAAUGGGAUACCUAUUAACUAUAACAACUAUAACAAGACACAAGUGUCGGGAAUUAUUAUAUUUCUUAGAGACACGUAUGAGCAUGUCAACGACAUGUAUACAUUGGAUAAUGCUAAUGGGCGUUUCUAUUAUCCAGAAGACUUUGCAAAGUGCACUGAGCUUGUAGCUCCAGAAUUGCUUCCUAGUUACUUUGAUCAUCAUGGUAGCUUGAGGGAACGGUACGAGAAGAAGUUCUGGUGAAGGAUCUCCAGGGAAGUAAGGACGAGGUGGAGAUGCUGGGAAUGGUGGAGGCACUUGUUUGUGGGGGCUUUCUACUGCAAAUCAAGAAAUUGUUAUAGAUACAGCUGCAAUGAUCUUGUUAAAGAAGUCGAUGGAAGAACAACCAAAUGGGAUGGCAGGCAAAGGCUUAUUGGCAAGACCAUUAAACGUUUAAACCACACACCUUUUGAAUUAGGAUAGCUUUAGGAAUUUAAACUUUGACUAUGUGACUAAUCAGGCGGCGUUGCAUCAGUCCACCAAGUUAUUGCAAACUCUACCUGUUUAAAUAGUUAUUAUCCACCAAGUUGAUGCAGACUCUACCUGUUUUUAGCCACCUGGCGGGACUUUUCGCAUUUUUAACUCAGACAGGAAACAAGCUACUAGGCCAGAGUCGAACCUUUAUGCAAUUUUUCUUUUGCUAAUCAUAGAAUA